AUGUAAGUAGAAAACAGAUUUAUCUUGAUUGUCUACACUGGUUAAACCACCCAGAAAGUAGGCUACAUUGCGACUGCCAGUGCCUAUAACUGUAAGUGAUUCAACUGGAUAGGUAGGCUACGUUGUAUCUACAGCGUUCAACACAUAACAUGGAACUGGUUACAAUUGUUUCUGUGUAGCUGUAGCUGUUUUCUUAAUUAAGUUGAAUUGCUUGUCUUCUGCCUUUCGAUUUUAAUUAGCCUAGUGGCCUAUAGGCUAUACAACCCAUUGAAACCAAUAGCCUAUAUGAGCAUGUCAGACUGACUGAGGGCUCUCCAUAAAAAAAUGUUUAAUGUAAUGCAGGCUUGUCGCUGUCACUUUAGAGAUUUUAGCUGAUAUUUCAGAUGUUAUGGUUGAAUAAUAGUGUUAGACCGAGGCUAUUCUUAAAUAGUCAUUCAUGUUCAAUUGGGCUAUACUAUAGCCUACAAUCAUGAAAUGAGCAGGUCACAGAAUUGUCUAAUUAAUAAUCAGUUAAAAUUAUAACGUGACCUCAUAUCUUGGUCAUGGUUGACCCGCUAAAUAACGUUUCUGGGAUAUUUUUUUGCAACAGUAAACUACUGUUAUUUGGGCCAUUAUAAUGAAGUAGCGCGCCAAGUAGACGGAUAUUUUUGUUAUGUGCACAUGGAUAGCCAGCCUACAGUCGGCCCGGGUGCCUGCCGAACCUUCGCUCCGAUUGUAAACAACCUGCGUUCAUGACGAAAUGUGGCCUAGCCUAUGCGGCAAUGUGCACUGUGUGUCCAACAAUUCAGUCCCCACUACGGAGUGACAGACGCCAGGAGCAAGGAUGUCAUACGGGAGAACAGACAGCUACCACCCGCAGCCGCGAGACUUCAGCAACCUCACCCAGACAUGCAGUGUCAACAUCCAGAAAAUCACACAGAACACUGUGCAGAUCAAAAACAUGCUGUACCAGAUGGGGACGAGACAAGAGACCCCAGAGCUGCAGGACAGACUCCAACAGGUACAGCACUACACCAACCAGCUGGCCAAAGAGACCAACAGACACCUGAAAGAUCUGGGCUCCCUGCCUCUCCCUCCCUCUGAACAGAGACAGCAGAAGAUCCAGAAGGACCGACUGAUGAAUGACUUCUCUGCAGCGCUCAACAACUUCCAGGCAGUCCAGCGACGGGUGGCUGAGAAGGAGAGGGAAUCAGUGGCCAGGGCCCGGUCCGGGUCCCGCCUCACGCAGGAAGAUGAGGGGAACGUCGAUGAACAACUUGUGACAUUUGAAAAAGAUGAUGAUGACUGGAGUCAGAGUCAGACCCAGCAGCUGGAGGAGCCAGAGGUCACAGAGGAGGACCUGGAGGUCAUCAAGGAGAGGGAGACCAACAUCAGGCAGCUAGAGUCUGACAUCAUGGAUGUAAACCAGAUCUUUAAGGACCUGGCAGUGAUGAUCCACGACCAGGGAGAGAUGAUCGACAGCAUUGAGGCUAAUGUGGAGAGUGCAGAGGUCCAUGUAGACAGAGGUACCGGACAGCUCCAAAGGGCCGCCAACUACCAGAGGAAGUCCCGUAAGAGGAUGUGUAUGCUGGCCAUGGUGGUGUCUCUGGUGGUCACCGUCCUGGCUAUCAUCAUCUGGCAGGCCAUCAAAUGAGAGGACAGGAAGAGUACCGGGGAAGGAUUUUAAUGGCACAUCGCACUGACAGCCAAGAAUGGCUUCCAAUGGAGCGUCUGAGUGAGUGAAUGUGUGUGUGCGGGUGUGCGUGCGUGCUGGUGUGCGUGCGUGCUUUCAAGCAAGAUAUAGACAGAAGCGUAAGGAAUAGAUUGUAUAAAUCCUCUUCCCCAUCUGUACAUAUUAUAUACUAACUGUUCUAACACAGCCCUGCACUUACUUCCAUGUCAGCCAUGCAAAUCAUCUCUGUCAUUAUUACAUACAUUACUGUGUUAGAAUAUGUCUGAUCUAAUGCAAUGCCGCACAAGUUUGUAUGUAUAUAAAUGCCAUGUGUACGGUUUGAUAUGGUUUA